AUGCUGAUUUAUCCAUGUUUUCUAAUUUUAUGGCAAAUUUUAUCAUCACACCGAGUUCACGCAACUUCACAUCCGGCCAGAACACCAAUGCGAAAUCUCUAUGAACACCUUUUCCUGGACUAUGUCAAAGAAAUCCGACCGGUUCGAAAUGAGUCGGAAUCUUUGAAAGUAGAGAUCAAAUUCUGGCUAAAGCAAAUUCUCAAAGUAGAUGAGCGGGACCAAAUCGUGAAUAUCUACUGUUGGCUCGAGCUUUAUUGGAUAGACGAAACAUUGACUUGGGACCCCAAAAAAUUCGGAAAUCUGUCGAGAAUCCACGUGCCUGCUCACAAAAUUUGGAAACCCGACGUUUUGGUGUACAAUAACGCUAACAUGAACGUCGAAGAGAACGAAAUGGAGACAAAUGCGAUUGUGGAUAAUACCGGAAGAGUUAUGCUUUUUCGAUCAAUGAUAACGGAUAUCAGUUGUAAUUUGAACCUACAACAGUUUCCAUUUGAUCAACAGAUUUGUUUCGUAACAUUUGCAUCGUGGAGUAUGGACGGGAGUAAGCUCGAUUUAUCAGCCACGCCGAAAACUGACAAUUUGGAGUUAUACAUCAGAAAUACCGAAUGGGGGUUAACUGAUUUCAGAGUAAAAAUCUACCAAAAAAUCUACGAUUGCUGUCCUCACCCAUUCCCAGAUGUCACCUAUUUCAUGGUCUUGAGACGAUCUCCAAGUUAUUACAUUUUUAGUUUGGUAAUCCCGUCAGCUUUCAUCACAGUUGUCACAAUUGUUGGUUUCUUCACUCCACACUCAACGACUGGAGAGAACACCGAAAAAGUUUCUUUGGGAGUCACUGCGUUGUUGUCUAUGGCUAUUAUUAUGAUGAUGGUAUCCGAUGAAGUUCCAGCAACGUCCGAAGUGAUACCUUUGAUUGGAAAAUAUUAUAUAGGUUUGAUAUUUCUAAUAUUUAUGGCCGCAUUCACAACGACACUUACUCUAUCCUACCAAAUGAGAGGAAAUAGCGGACAAGAAGUUGAUCCUCGAGUUCGUGACUUCUUCUUUUACCAAAUCGCAGCAAAUCCUUGUAUUUCGUGGGCUUUCUCGUUUCAACUACCAAAGAAGCUUUUGAGAUCGGAUCACCGGAAACAGAGCUUCUUCUUCACCAACGGAGCCGCCCAUGUGAACGGCUACUCAAAAGGCGCACUUCACCCGAACACCCCUCCAGCUCACAUUGUGAAAAUGGAGGAGAUAACCGGUGGUGGAAGUGUUAAAAGUUUUGUGAUGUCUCAAGAAUCUGCGGCAACAUCGACACUGUUGACAUCGUCGCUAAUGAAAAUAAAAGUUGUUUUGGAUGACAUGAAAGCAUCAAUUCAUGCAGAACGCGAACUAAAGCGAAUAAAAUUCGAGUGGCAACAAGUGACCCGUCUUAUCGAUCGAUGUAUCAUGUUCAGCUAUAUUCUCAUCACAAUUGCCUUCGCCAUGGUCAUGUUGGCCUCCCGUGACCCGCCAAUCGUGCUCAAUGAUCUUAUUAUGGAUUCGGUGAAGAGCACCUAGGUUCCACGUGUGUUAGACAAUCAGAAUAUACACUGCUCAUACUUAUAGACUACCGGUUUUCAAAUAAACUUGUACCAAUUUU